UCGACAAGCCCCCACGUUGUAGCGGCGUGUUUCACAUAUUUACGAAGAGUUAAAUAAAAAACUGCACAAAUAAUGGAUGAUGAGGCGGAAACUUACAAACUCUGGCGCAUACGCAAGACGAUCAUGCAGUUGAGCCACGAUCGUGGUUACCUGGUAACUCAGGAUGAAUUGGACCAGACCCUGGAGCAGUUUAAGGAAAUGUUUGGCGACAAGCCGAGUGACAAGCGUCCCUCGCGGUCCGACCUAAUCGUCUUGGUGGCUCACAACGACGACCCUACUGACCAGAUGUUUGUCUUUUUUCCCGAGGAACCCAAAAUUGGAAUCAAGACCAUCAAAACGUACUGCACCCGUAUGCAAGAGGAGAACAUCCACAGGGCCAUCGUCGUGGUGCAAGGUGGAAUGACGCCCUCGGCCAAGCAGUCGCUGGUGGACAUGGCACCCAAGUAUAUACUAGAACAGUUCCUGGAGUCUGAGUUGCUGAUCAACAUAACGGAGCACGAGUUGGUUCCGGAGCAUGUGGUAAUGACGGCGGAGGACAAACAAGAACUACUCAGCAGAUACAAACUCAAGGAGAACAUGUUGAUGCGCAUCCAGGCGGGUGACCCGGUAGCCCGCUACUUCGGCUUAAAGCGCGGCCAAGUUGUAAAGAUUAUACGAUCGUCUGAGACAGCGGGUAGAUAUAUAUCAUAUAGAUUGGUUUGCUGAGCGACUUAAUGAACAGACGUAAUAAACGUAAUACAAAUAGA